UGCUUGCUUUGUGUUAGAGGUAAUAGGAAAGAAAAAUUUAAGCUUUGUGUCUAGUGUUUGGGAAAGUAUACUCUGUGAUCUCUGUAAUUAAGGAUGGAGGGUUUUGUUGUGAAGCUUUGUUAGAACUGAUUUCUACCUAACCAAUGACCUCUUCAAGGUGAAAUUCUCAUACUUGUUUAUUCCUGAUCUAAAAUAGAAUAGGGUGGAUGAGUUUAAUUUCCUUCCUCAGAAAAAAAACUGCAGGCUUGACUUAUUACUUUUAGACUUGAAAUUUUUAAUUUUUUUGCUAAUUCAUUCAUACAGUGGGACUUCUAGUAAAUUUCAAGAUCUUGUGGUGAAGUUAUAGCUGAAUUUUUUCUGGGUUUGUUUUCAUCUUUUUCUAUGUUUCUUCCUGCUCUAAACCAAACCACCAUAUAAUGGAAAAGUUAUCACCUACUCUGUUUCAUCAACUCCAUCUUUUUCCAUCAAGAAUUUGGCUUCAUUUCAUUUAUAAAAGCUCGUUCUGAAUCAGUCUGUAUUAUCAGACGAGUAGAAACAAUUCAGCUCAAAUUCAAAUUAGCAGUUUUAGUCUCUGAUAUUUUUCCUUGUCAAUGACAGGCUGCAAGAUACUCUUCGUCCUGGUUUUAGCUCUUGCCAUUACUUUUGUCUCGGCUGCUCGUCUUCUUAAUGAAGAAGAAGAUCUUGGAUUAGUCCCCAUGCCUACCAUAAGUCCUGGUCCGUUACCAACUGCUGGUUCAGGCUCCUUCGCCAGUGCUAGUUCAGGAGGACCUGCAACUGGUAUCACUUCAGGUACUGGUCUAGCCUCAGGUGGUUCCUUGACUACUUUACCUGGCUCCGGACCUCUACCAACCACUGGUUCUGGUUCUUUACCGGUUGCUAGUUCAGGUCCCUUGCCCACUACUGGCACUGGUUCUCUACCAACCACCGGUUCUGGUCCUUUUCCGGUUGCUAGUUCUGGUCCUUUGCCUGGUGCUGGUUCAGGGACAUUGCCGACUGUUGGUUCAGGUGCCACAGCCACGGGUGGUUCAGUUCCCGACCACUCCUUGGUUUUCUUUAUGCACGAUAUACUCGGUGGCUCAAAUCCGACAGCCAGAGCUGUGACUGGAGUCGUUGCAAACCCAGCUCUCAGUGGCCAACUUCCAUUUGCCAAGCCCAAUGGCGCAAACCUCCCUGUCAACAACGGCGUUCCAUCGAACAACAACAACAACGGAAUCCUCAACAACAACAACGUCCCUCUCCUCGUCGGGCUGGGCGGAACCACUUCCAGCAUUCUACAGAACGACGGUAACAACCUCUUGAACGGUCUCCCCGUGGCCAACGGUGGUCAGCUCCCAUCGGGUUCGUCUCUCCAGAUGCUCAUGUUUGGAACAAUGACGGUGAUGGACAACGAGCUAACCGAAGGGCAUGAACUCGGGUCAGGUCUGCUUGGCAAAGCACAGGGCUUCUACGUGGCCAGCGCCGUUGAUGGAACCAGCCAGACAAUGGCUUUCACGGCAAUGUUUGAGAGUGGUGGUUAUGAAGAUAGCAUAAGUUUCUUCGGUGUACAUAGAACGGCUGCAUCAGAGUCUCAUCUUGGUGUUAUGGGUGGUACAGGGAAGUAUGUUAAUGCUAGAGGCUAUGCCAUCGUCAAAACAUUUACAGGUGGCACCGGGAACACACAGCAGCCGCACCAGUUCACAGAUGGGUUAGAGACAGUUCUGGAGUGUACCGUUUAUCUUUCUUACUAGUUUUAUGUUCUUUCUUGUCCUCGAUUACUGAAGUUUGUUGUGCUCUUUCAUAGUUGUCAUCUUAAUAUGUAACAACCUA